AUGGUGACAGAUAAUCAGACGAGAAACAAUCGAACAGCAUACCAUUCCUGGUCAGUCACCAUCAUGGCAACACGUCGUCCAAGAACGAGUUGCAACCCUUGUCGACUUGCAAGAAUUGGAUGUGAUGCAGCGUUACAGAGGCCAUCUCGCUGUAGCAACUGUAUUCGACGAGGACGACUGUGUGAUGUCGCAUCUCAAUCUGAGUCGAUCGCUUCAGAUCCACGCAACAGACAAAGUGUUCAGGUACAGAUUCGAGCCCAAUCUGAUUUCCGAACCAGAACCCCAUCAAAUGGGCACUAUCCUGACGAAAGAGACACGACGUCGCAGCUCCUGGAGACCAUGACGCCGCCCGACUUUGACGACUUCAUGCCGUUGACGCCGAUUUCGUCCGGCAUAGAAGGCUCGGCUUGUCAUCGCCUCCAAGCAAACAUGUUGAACGACAUGCUAUGGAGCAUAUACUUCUAUAUCUUUGAAAUGCGUUAUGCUAUCUGGUUGGGUGAUAGCUGCUGCCCGUACCUCGAGAUGACACCUAAGCCUCGGGCAGCGAUUUCUAGAUUAGUAAUAGAAAUGGAUGCCUAUGAGAAUGCCCAUGAGCCCAAUUCGCUGCCCUACCGGUACCAGGCACCGCAUCAUCAGGAGCGUGAUAAACAUAACAAUGCAGAAAGCAAUCUACUGCUGGACGAUGCACUGAGAUAUGCAAUCUACGCUUACUCAAUCCGAUGGCUGCACACCCGCUCAGGGCAUGGCACUUCGGUAUCGUCGAAUAUCAAGGAAAACCAGCAGAAUGAACAAGACAUCCGCAAUUACGUCUGGCGCCGGGCUAAGCGUGCUGUUAUGCCUGCGUUGACGAAACCUAGCUACAGGUCGAUCUUGGCCUUGCUCUUACUCACUAUAGCAGAAGUGCCUGCUCAAACUGACGACAUCGGAUUUGCUCAACUCUGUAAUCAUGCCCUUUUCGGACAUCUGAACACCCUGAGAUCACCGGUCAAGUGGAGAAUGUCACAGCAAGUGAGUGCGGCAUCAUUCCCACAGUCAAUGCCUGAGCAGUACAAAGGUAAUGUCCUCCAAGGGUGCACUCAACAAUACAGCGAAGAGCACCAGCAUAAUCGCGAUGUCGUCUUCUGGCUGUGUGUGGUCAGCAGCUGCAGCCGCACAUUGGUCCAGCAACUUCCUUCAGUCAUUCUCCCUGCUCGUUCCGCCAAUCACAAAGUCUGGCAGUUUAUACGCCAGAGAACUGUAAUAUUCGAUCAGUCCUUUAAAACUCUUCAAGGUUCUCAAUCUCCACUGCCAGGUGAUGUUGCCGAAGUGGUCCUUCAGCAUGCUACUGCCUGCAAGACUAUGUACUUGAGUGUCAUCAACCAGCUAUGUGAUUCACUCUUCUACCACAACGUGUGGUCGGUCAAGGACGAUGCUCAGGAUGUUGUGGAUGAAUCUCGACGAUUUCACCAGGUGUUUGAUCAUCUCCUCUUCAUGUGUGCAAGAGACUAUACGCUCCUCAAAGAAGAGGCACAGCUGAAUUACCUCCUGCUGAUAGCUCACUACAACCUUGGCACUUUGAUUCUUGCCGAUAUUGUGGAAUCUUUGGACUCCUCCCCUGAAGAGCUGAAAGAACCUUGUUUGUCUCGAUUAUAUGCCUGUCAAGCAAUCACCAACACGCUCAGCCUCGUGAUCAACAACGAUAGGUACUCGAAUGGUGGCUCAACAAGCAAGAGCAAACUGCUUCUCGACCCUGCCCCAGACUUGAUGGCGGAGGUCCUGCUGCGCACUUGCAACGCCAUAUUCUCUAUGCUUGGAGCGGCCGAAAUUCUACCGCUCGUUGCUCAAACCAUGUUGUCAGUCGUGUUCAAUGCACUACAUGUCUUGUCUGAAGUGUCUAAUAAGGCUUCAUAUGUGCUCUCACUAUGCGGGAAUUUGAGCACCGCACGAGGACUCAAGGUUAUGUACGACUACGGGUCUUCGGCCUCGUCUGACAUCCAACCUGCUCACGAUUUCGUCGCCAGCAAUGAUUACAGCAUAGAUAUUUUGCAUGACUUUCUGCACUUGAUGCAGAUUCAAGCAAGUUUGGACCCGUCACAGUUUGAAUCCAUGAUCAGAAAGGGCGAAAGCACCCACAUGCAUGCCAAAGACAACCCAGUUAUGUAG